UUUGUCUUCUGAAGUAUAUUGGUUGGUUAACUGAAUUUUGGACUGCCAGGGAGGUAGCUUAGUGGCAAUUGCACCUGCCUGGCAAGCACAAUGUCUUGAGUUCGAUUACUGGUACCAAAAAAGAGAGAGUAUUGGACUGAGUGAAGAGAACAGGGUCUUUCUAACACAUUCAGGAUAGAAAGGAUUGCAUACCAUGGAGGAAUUAGAUCUUCAAGGCUUGUAUUGUUCCUACCUGGAAUGUUCUGCGAAUACCAUACCUUCCCUACUACCAUGAGAAGCAGACAUUGGUUGUACACCACAUGUCUCUGGGAAGCUUCCAGAACUUGAUUUGCUCCUUGAUUUUCUGUCAUCUUUCUGGGACACCUGCCUGGAUUUGCCCGAAGAGCUUAGAUAAAAAAUGGCAGGUUGGGGUUCCCUCCAGAUCCCUCCCAUUCUAGGCCCUAAGCAUUUCCCAUCCUUCAUUUACCCUCCCAGAAAGUGAGACCAUCACUGAGGCAGGCAAGGCGCUGGGCUUUAGGGUCAGGCAGAGGCCUUCCCUCCAUUACUGCCAGCAGUGGGGAGCCCCAGGUGCUGACCUGAGACAGCUGCUGUGAGGGCUGUCACAGACAACACAGCCAUCCCUGGGUCUUUAUGCAUGAAGAUUAUGUAAAGGUUUUUAUUAAAAAAUAUAUAUAUAAAUAAAUGAUCUAGAUUAUUUUCUUUUUCUGAAGCUACUUUCUUACAAAAAAUAAAAUGAAAUGUUUAUAGCAUUCUUGGUAUUGGCUUUCACUGUGUAUUUUUGAGCCUUCCUGCUCCAAGGAUUUUUAUGGUGGCCUUGCUUAAUUUAGCCUGCCUGUUUUUGGAAUUUGCAGUCAAAAUGGGGAUAGGCUGAGGUGAAAAGGGAGAACAGUGUGAUGCUAAGCUGAGAUGCAGCCUCGCCCAAAGGCUAGACUUACAAGGGGAAAUUUAGGGGCUAAGCAGUUGAUAUUAAUACUGACUGCUACACAUACAUGCAUAUGCAUAUAGAUUCCCAUCGGGGUCCUCUAGUUGCUCACUAGAAUGUACUUAACCAUUCAAAGGCUCCUUUUGUACUCUGGUGAUUUUUGUGUUUAAAGGUUGAGUCAUGUUUCACUUUCCCAGUCCACAGUCCUUUGUACAAAAGCAGUAAUGAUCCCUAAUGUUGCUGCCUUAACACGGCUGAUCUUGAGAGAGGGAACAGUUGAGCAACAUGAGUACUAUUCAGGUCUGUUGGUUUUUUGUUCUAUUUUUGUUUUCUUUUUUUGAGACAAGGUCUCUCUGUGUAUUGCAGGCUGAUAUUGAACUAUGUAGCCCGGGCUGGCCUCACGUGGCAGUCGUCCUGCCCCUGCCUCCCCAGUGCUGGGGUUACAGGCAAGCACCACCACCCCUGGCUCUAUUCAGGUCUAAUUUGGUCAAAAUGAGGCAUCUAGCAAGUUCCAGUUAGAAUUAGGCCAAAGACUUCUGGAACAUGAAGGAAUGCCAGAUAAGAAAGCAGGGUUGUCUGCCAUACUCCAACAAAGAAUUAAUUCUUCUAACUGACGGACAGGGGUACACUGAAAUUUAAGAGGUACUGUCCACGCCGCCUUUACCAGCUAGGCCUGAUACGGACCGAGGUCUGGUUGGGAGACCUGCCCCACCUCUGGCUGUGGCAGAGCCAUGGGGCCCCGAAGCUACCACCUCUGCCUGAGCCUCCUGCUCCUGCUCCUACUCCCCACAGAGUGCUUUGGAGCUGAGGGCAGGCUGGCUCACAAGCUGUUCCGUGAUCUCUUCGCCAACUAUACAAGUGCUCUGAGACCUGUGGCCGACACAGACCAGACUCUGAAUGUGACCCUGGAGGUGACACUGUCACAGAUCAUCGACAUGGAUGAGCGGAACCAGGUGCUGACCCUGUACCUGUGGAUCCGGCAGGAGUGGACGGAUGCCUACCUACGAUGGGACCCCAAUGCCUAUGGUGGCCUGGAUGCCAUCCGCAUCCCCAGCAGUCUUGUGUGGCGGCCAGACAUCGUGCUCUAUAACAAGGCAGACGCGCAGGCCCGGGCCUCGGCCAGCACCAACGUGGUCGUGCGGCACGAUGGCGCGGUGCGCUGGGACUCGCCGGCCAUCACGCGCAGCUCGUGCCGCGUGGACGUGUCGGCCUUCCCGUUCGAUGCGCAGCGCUGCGGCCUCACCUUCGGCUCGUGGACGCACGGCGGGCACCAGCUGGACGUGCGCCCGCGCGGUGCCGCCGCCAGCCUGGCGGACUUCGUGGAGAACGUGGAGUGGCGCGUGCUGGGCUUCCCCGCGCGGCGCCGCGUGCUCACCUACGGCUGCUGCUCAGAGCCCUACCCGGACGUGACCUUCACGCUGCUCCUGCGCCGCCGCGCCGCCGCCUAUGUGUGCAACCUGCUGCUGCCCUGCGUGCUCAUCUCGCUGCUCGCCCCGCUCGCUUUCCACCUGCCCGCUGACUCGGGCGAGAAGGUAUCGCUCGGCGUCACCGUGCUGCUGGCGCUCACGGUCUUCCAGCUGCUGCUGGCCGAGAGCAUGCCGCCGGCCGAGAGUGUGCCGCUCAUCGGAAAGUACUACAUGGCCACUAUGACCAUGGUCACUUUCUCAACAGCACUGACCAUCCUUAUCAUGAACCUGCAUUACUGUGGUCCCAGUGCCCGCCCAGUGCCAGCCUGGGCUCGGGCUCUCCUGCUGGGACACCUGGCAAAAGGACUGUGUGUGCGGGAGCGAGGGGAGCCCUGUGGGCAGCCCAGGCCACCUGAGCCAGUCCCCAGUCCCCAGCCUCCUGCUGGGCCCCCAGCAGGCCCUUGCCACGAGCCACGGUGUCUGUGCUACCAGGAAGCAAUACUGCACCAUGUAGCCACCAUCGCCAGCACCUUCCGUAGCCACCGGGAAGCCCAGCGCCGCCGAGAGGACUGGAAGUGCCUGGCCCGUGUGAUGGACCGCUUCUUCCUGGGCAUCUUCUUCUCCAUGGCAUUGGUGAUGAGCCUCCUGGUACUUGUGCAGGCCCUGUGAGGGGCUGGGGCUGGGUACCAGGAAGCUGCUCCAGCCACAGCACCUCCCGACAAGGAUGGCCAAGGCCAGGAGGUGUCUGGUCCUCACAGGAGCCAGCCAGUGGCUCCCCAGUAGGGCACCCUCUCUUCAGGACCAACACUACUGAUUUCACAGUCCCUAAGGAUUCCUUGUUGUCUAUGUGUCCUAACUACUUCCUUAGUUCCUAAAAGAGGAGAAACUCUUAACAAUGUCCAUGCUCGGAGUUAGAGCUCUCAGGGGGAAAGUGCAGUUAUUAUAUAAGAAACAGAGCUGCUACAUUUCCUGUCUUGCUAGGCAGCUGCUGUUUCAGGGACUUAGUCUUGCCAUCCUUGCCUAAUGGCUCACAGAAGGAAAUUCGUGGUCUAGUUUCCAGAGCAGGAGGCCAUACAGACAUUUGGCCCCAGAGCCUCCACUUGUAAUAAAGUAAGUGUGCUCCUGGCAUCUCCCCGAUGUCCUGUCUUUCCUGGGGCCCCGUGGUGGUAGAAGUCAGGGAUCCAAGCUCUUCUCUACAGACAAGAGUCUUUGAACUUACAGAUCAAAGCAGUAAUUACAUCUUUGCUGAAAAAUAACUAGGAUCCCAGGAUAGAAUCCAGUUCUUCCUCUGCAUUUCUCCUGGUCUCUGUCCUCUGGAGUUAGACAUGGUCCACCCCAUUCCCACACAGAUGUUUGGAGAGGUGGAAAGCAUCAAAGUGGGGCCAGUGCAGGAACCAGCCAUUCAUAGGCAUCGGUUCCUCUCUUGACUCUCACAAGGUUCCUGGUGCCAUCUCUGUGCCUCAGACCCAGUCUCUGCUCUCAGGAACUAAGGACUGGGACCCAUGGGAACACAGAGGCAGGGAUCCUAACCCAGCCAGUGGCAAAGGCCAGAGACAGCUUCCUGAGGAGUGACUAGGAGCAUUCCAGAUGGGUAUGUGAAGCGUCUGAGUCACACAACUCCCAUGGCCAAGUGCUCUCCCCUCACCUAACAUGCCUUCAAUAAAGUGAAAUUCCUUCUGUC